ACCCACCAUAAAAUACCAAAAUAAAACCAAUUCUCUCUCUCUCUCUCUCUCUCUCUCUGGUUUAUGAUUUCUCCGCCAAUGUAACCACAAUUGGAACAUUCAUGGCCUUGCCUUGAUCUCUUUCUCACGUUUCACUUCUCAAGUACUCUCUUUUCUCUUCGGAAAUGGACGAAGAACUGCUAAAAAGGAACACCGACUGCGUGUACUUCCUGGCCUCACCUCUCACCUGUAAGAAGGGGAUUGAUUGUGAGUACCGCCACAGUGAGAUUGCAAGGCUCAACCCAAGAGAUUGCUGGUAUUGGUUGUCUGGGAACUGUUUCAACUCUACCUGUGCUUUUAGACACCCUCCAUUGGAUGGGCAUGCUGGAGUGCCAUCUGAGUCGGCAGAGUGUUCCACACCUGUGAACAAGACCAGUGUUCCAUGUUACUUUUACUUCAACGGGUUCUGUAAUAAAGGUGACAGAUGCUCUUUUAUGCAUAGUUCUGACGGCAAUGCACCUGCUGAGAAAUCUAUAAAGCCUGCCUCUGUGGGCACUGAUGCACCUUUGUUGGAAAACAAGACAUCUGCUGGAUGUGAGACAGGUUCAGCACUGGUAGAAACUUGUUUGAAUUCAUCUAAAAGCGCUGCUAAAGUAGCAACCAAUUUGAAUUGUCUGCCCAAGGAAGAACUUCAGCACCUAGUACCUAAGAAUGCUUUCCAGCGAAGUGCCUCUCCGCAAAUUGCUGUUUGUGAGUGUGAUGAAGCUGCUAUGAUUAGGUUGGAGUCCUUGCUUCCCAUGGAAGGUUUUACCCAUGGCAGAUCUCCUCUAUGCACAGAUCAGAGUUCAGAGGAACAAGUGGAAGGCUAUAUUGAGCCAGAGGAGCGAUGGGAAUCAUCCCCUGGCUUUGACGUUCUUGUGGGUGAUAGAUCAGAUAACAUGUAUGAGGACGAUCCAGAGUUCUUGCUAGACAUGGACAGGGAACACAGAGAGCUGAAUAGCCAUUCCUCGGUAUAUGAUUAUGAAAAUACAGUGGAGUAUGAUCCCAUGUACCCUGCUGCAGAAAUUCUAUAUGAACGUGAUGUAUACAAUAGUUUUGAUCAUCUGGAUGAUGAACAUCUUUUCUCUAAUGUCAAUAGAGUUCUUGGUCAUUCAAGAGACACGAUGUUGGAUUCUAUAUUGUCCCAGAAAAGGAAACUCAUGCCAAUGGAACUUGCAGUUGGUGAAUGUAAUGGCAUGGAUCUUCGAAACCAUCUGAGAAGACGCAGGAUGAUUAAUGAUCAUCGAAGUACUGGCUCAUCAAGAAGACCUCUCUCAUCUCAUCUUAUUGGUCGCAGCCAGGAAAGGCCUCGAAGGCAUGGAAUGGGUCCAAGGCUUCAUGGAAGAUUGGCAUCGGUGGUGGGAAAGAAUGGUAAUGAAUCAAUAGGUGAGAAUAGAGCUUUUUUAAAUGGUGCCAAACCACGUGGCUUGCUGAGGCACUCACAGCAAGAUAGGUCAAUGAAGCAUUUCAGGAAAGAAAGGCUUGCCAAACGGCAGUUCUCGAGUGAAGUUUCAAGGAAAUCAAGUACAAGAGAGAGAUGGGCUCAGGAAUCUUCAACUUUUACGGGACCCAAGACCCUUGCCCAGAUUAAAGACGAGAAAAAAUAUGCUGAAGAAAAUGAGGAUUGCGUUUGGAAAGUUGGGCAUGCAAGAACUACAUCGGCUGACUUCCAGGGUCCCAAACCCUUGAGUGAAAUCCUCAAGAACAAAAGGAAGCUGGAUUCUGUCACUGAAUGUGAUACGAGUGGCAGCUAGGAAACAACCCAUUGAGGGUGAGAGG